AUGGCUCCCUUGGCAUGGGUCGUGCUGCUUCUUGUGCUGCUUGGUCAUACCAUUUCCGCUACUUCCUUGUAUUCUCCCUCUGAUGUGUCAGACGUAGUCCUUGAUCUAUCGUCUAACAUUCCUCCUACCGAUGCUCCACUUCACCUGAAUGAUACCCUGACCUCUGACGCCCCGAAUCUUGAAAAAAGGGACGAUAACAACCCGAAUGAUUUCGGCUGGAUCAGAAGGUGGGCUGCACUUGGGGACAGUUUCACCGCAGGUAUUGGGGCAGGCAAUCUGUACAAUUCCACCCCGGAAGACAGGAGAUGCUCUCGUUACGACCGAUCCUAUCCUUCUAGAUUGAAAAUGGCUUUCAGUGCGGAUGCGGACUUCCAAUACCUUGCAUGCUCUGGAGAUCGUACCGAGCAGAUCCAUGCACAGACCUGGGAUCUGAAACUUGGUAAAGACACCGAGCUGGACCUCGUCGUUCUGACUGGCGGGGGAAACGACCUUUGUUUGUCAGAUAUUAUCAAGCGCUGCGUGUUGUUGCCUUUCCAAAGCGAGAAGAAAUGCCACGAAACCCUCGAGAAAGCGGACUUGAACCUGGAACAUCUGCUGGCUGGUAAUAUCCGAAGCGUGCUCAGUAGGCUCGAUGGCUAUGUGCGUCCAGGCGGUCCCGUCCUCUACGUUCUGUACGCAGAAUUCUUCUAUGCCGAUAGCAACUCGUGCGGCCUGAACCAAGACUGGACCCUGGGCAGGCUUGGAGAGGCAUUGCCCUUGACGAAGGACAGACGUCGGAAGUUCAACGACCUGGUGGUUCGGACCAACGAAGUGAUACAGAAGGCCAUCGACGAUGUCGUUAAGCAAGACAAUUUAAGAUACCGUAUUCGAACCGUCAACUGGAACGAGUUCCCCAAGCAGGGCGUCCGGGGCCAGUUCUGUACCCCAGGGACAAAAGGGAUCUACCCAGAUCCCGGCCAACCUGACCUGCAAUUCUUCAAAACGAAUACUGCCCAGAUCCAAGACACUCCCCCGUAUACUGGAGAGGGCAAGCGAGAUGUGGCGGUCGAGCUGGCCGAGGAUAGGCUCUGGUACAGCUCGCGCAUCUACAAGUCGAUUAACCCGGCGGCUCAGGCAGAGCGCCGCCUCGACCCGCGCGCGCCCCUUCCUCCCCAUUGCCCUGGUGGCCGAGAAAAGGCGGAUGAAAAUCUUCUGGAAGAAUGGUUGAAAGAUGCGAUCGAGAGCUGGGGCUUCGGUCUACCAGAUGACAUUGGCAAACUCUUCCAUCCGAACGAGCUUGGCCACUCGACAAUCGCAUCUUUCGUAAUGCAAGAGCUCAUCAACGCGCGGGCCGAGGAGCUCGGGGUCUACAAUCCGCGGUGUGAUAAUUUCAACAAGUUCGAAUGCACCAAAAAGCCCGACGAGCCGUCGAAUUACUACGCGGAUGUCGACUCAGCCGUCGAGGCCAAGAAGCUCUUCUGCCGCGGUGAGCUCCCGAUGGCGUGGACGGAUGCUGGCGCCGGCCGGAAGAAGCACUCGAAAACGUACUACCGCGAUACCCCCGACGAGAUGCACUUCGAGGUCUACUCGAACUCCGCGGCUUUCAACAGUGACGAAUGUCACGAUUCUUUCGACCGCAUUAUUCACAGCUGCGACGGCCUCGACCCCGAGAACCCUUUGAACUUCAAGUUUGGAGGGCGCUGGGUCCGCGGGUCCACCAUCUACCAGCUGAAGAUGGGGAUGGGUCACAUCAAGCGCAUCAAGAAAGUCCCAAAGAAGCGCUCAGGCUAUUGCGCGUCUGAAGACGUAGAAGGGGGCUGGCGGUUCUGGCUGCAAGGCUCGGGCUUCGCCAGUUGGGACUUUGGUCAGGAAACCAUCCUGCCUUCUGCCCACGCCUGUGCCGAUGGAGCAAGAUAUGUCCACAGCUUUGACUUCCAUUAGUUCCCCACCCCGCAAGGUGGCAUGGAGUGGCA